AUGGAGCCGGAGUACAAGAGAUACAGAAUCGCCUCGAUCCCUGGCGACGGCAUCGGGCCCGAGGUCAUCUCGGCGGGAAUCGCGGUGCUGGAAACGCUCUCGAAGGCCUUCUCGCACUUGUUCACGUUCGAAUUCACCCCCUUCGACUGGUCUAGCGACAAGUACCUCAAAGACGGGCGGUACGUACCCGAGAACGGCCUCGAAGAGCUGCGCACGUACGACGCCAUCCUGUUCGGCGCCGUCGGCGACCGCAGAGUGCCCGACCACAUCUCGCUGUGGGGGUUGAGGCUCGCCAUCUGUCAGCCGUUGCAGCAGUUUGCCAACGUGCGGCCGACGCGGAUCCUGCGCGGCGUCACCUCGCCUUUGUCGGCGUGUCAGGGGACUCUGGAGAAUGCCAAAAAGCUGGAUUGGGUGAUUAUCCGGGAGAACAGCGAGGGCGAGUACGCCGGGCACGGAGGGCGGUCGCACGUGAACCAGGCGUGGGAAGUGGGCACCGAAGUGAGCGUCUUCACGCGGCACGGAUGCGAGCGGCUCCUGCGAUUCGCGUACGAGACGGCGCGGGCGCGGCCACGCAAGACGCUCACGUUCGUGACAAAGUCCAACGCGCAGCGCAACGGGAUGGUGCUGUGGGACGAGGUCAACGAGGCCGUGGCGCGCGACUUCCCCGACGUGCGCAGCGACAAGAUGCUGGUCGACGCCAUGACGUGCCGCAUGGUGCUGCAGCCCGAGACCAUCGACGUCGUCGUGGCCACCAACCUGCACGCCGACAUCCUGUCGGACCUGGCGGCCUCACUGGCCGGGUCCAUCGGCAUCGCCCCGACCAGCAACCUGGACCCGACCCGCAAGAACCCCAGCAUGUUCGAGCCCAUCCACGGGUCCGCGUGGGAUAUUGCGGGCCAGGGCGUCGCCAACCCCAUCGGCACCUUUUGGACCUGCGCCGAGAUGGUGCGCUGGCUGGGCCAGCCGGUGGCCGCCGACGUGCUGAUGGCCGCCAUUGAGCGCACCUUGGACGCGGGUGUCAAGACCCGCGACCUGGGCGGGAAUGCCACCACCGCACAGGUCACGGACAGGGUGUGUGCCGACAUCUUCGAAGUUGUCCGCGAGCAAGCCGUCGUUAACGGCGGGAAAUAA